UAUGCCCCACCCGCCAUAAUCCGCCAAUCCCCCUUUAUUGCCUCUCGUCCGCUCCCCCACACGACAAAAGGAAGAAAAAACAGACAGCGACACCAUUCCCAAAAUUCACAAUCCCAAGAAAGAUCCAUUCAUUUCUGAUUUCUCCGGAACAACAAUAAAAAAUGAGAGAAAUUCUGCAUAUUCAAGGCGGCCAAUGCGGCAACCAGAUCGGCGCCAAAUUCUGGGAAGUGAUCUGCGACGAGCACGGCAUCGACCACACCGGAAGGUACAACGGCGAUUCCGAGCUCCAGCUCGAGCGCAUCAACGUUUAUUAUAAUGAAGCCAGCGGUGGGAGGUACGUCCCACGCGCCGUCCUCAUGGACCUCGAGCCCGGUACCAUGGACUCCCUCAGAUCCGGCCCCUUCGGACAGAUCUUCCGACCAGACAACUUUGUUUUCGGACAGUCUGGCGCCGGAAAUAAUUGGGCCAAGGGGCACUACACCGAGGGAGCCGAAUUGAUUGAUUCCGUGCUUGAUGUUGUUCGUAAGGAGGCCGAAAAUUGUGACUGCUUGCAAGGAUUUCAAGUCUGUCAUUCUCUGGGUGGAGGUACUGGUUCCGGUAUGGGGACCCUUCUGAUAUCGAAGAUAAGAGAGGAAUAUCCAGACAGAAUGAUGUUGACUUUUUCAGUGUUUCCUUCUCCAAAGGUAUCAGACACUGUUGUUGAGCCCUACAAUGCCACCUUGUCUGUUCAUCAACUAGUUGAGAAUGCAGACGAGUGUAUGGUUCUUGAUAACGAGGCUUUGUACGAUAUUUGCUUCCGCACUCUCAAGCUCGCCACUCCCACCUUUGGCGAUCUAAACCACCUAAUUUCCGCCACAAUGAGCGGUGUCACAUGCUGUCUCCGUUUCCCCGGUCAACUCAACUCCGACCUAAGAAAACUCGCAGUCAAUCUAAUCCCAUUCCCACGUCUCCAUUUCUUCAUGGUCGGUUUCGCCCCACUAACCGCCCGCGGGUCCCAACAGUACCGUUCCCUCACAGUCCCCGAGCUGACUCAGCAAAUGUGGGACGCAAAGAACAUGAUGUGUGCAGCGGACCCUCGCCACGGCAGAUACCUAACCGCUUCCGCAAUGUUCCGAGGCAAAAUGAGCACUAAAGAAGUCGAUGAACAAAUGAUCAAUGUCCAGAACAAGAACUCGUCUUACUUUGUCGAGUGGAUUCCAAACAAUGUUAAAUCGAGCGUCUGUGAUAUUCCGCCAAAGGGUCUGAAAAUGGCUUCAACUUUUAUCGGAAACUCGACUUCGAUACAGGAAAUGUUCAGGCGUGUGAGCGAGCAGUUCACCGCCAUGUUCAGGCGGAAGGCUUUCUUGCAUUGGUAUACAGGCGAAGGAAUGGACGAAAUGGAGUUCACUGAGGCGGAGAGUAAUAUGAACGAUUUGGUGGCGGAGUAUCAGCAGUACCAGGAUGCUACGGCGGCGGAGGAAGAGUACGAGGAGGAGGAGGACGAGGAAGCUGCUUAGCUUGGAGAGUAAUAUGAAUGAUUUUUUUUCGUAUGUUUCUCACACGUGAGUGAUUGUGUCUGAAUCUUGAUAUGCAUGGUCGGUUUUCGAUUGUCUUUUUUAGUGGUGAUUGAUGUAUUUUUGAGUGAUUUAUAUAUAUAUAUAUAUAUGGUUCAUUGUGUUUGUAAUUGGUUGUAACUUGUAACUAACAAUAUCAUGUGUUUCUUGAUCUGUUCUGUGUGAAUCAUGGAUGUUUCUUUUUUGGUGUACAGU